UGAGUGGCCAGAGACCUAACGGGGCUUUGGGACCUUGGACGGGUAGUUGCUUAAAAUCGCAGGAGUGUGAACGUGGGGUGCAAAACGGACCCCCUUCGUCGCGGCUCGUUUCUGGCAUGAUGGCGCAAAGGGCCUUCCCGAAUCCUUAUGCCGAUUAUAACAAAUCCCUGGCCGAAGGCUACUUUGAUUCUGCUGGGAGGCUGACUCCUGAGUUCUCACAACGCUUGAACAAUAAGAUUCGAGAGCUUCUUCAGCAAAUGGAGAGAGGCCUGAAGUCAGCAGACCCUCGGGAUAGCACUGUUUACACUGGUUGGGCAGGUAUUGCUGUGCUUUACUUACAUCUCUACGAUGUGUUCGGGGACCCUGCCUACCUACAGAUGGCACAUGGCUAUGUAAAGCAGAGUCUGAACUCUUUGAGCAAGCACUCCAUAACCUUCCUCUGCGGGGACGGGGGCCCCCUGGCGGCCGCUGCUGUGGUGCAUCACAAGAUGAACAACGAGAAGCAGGCGGAAGAGUGCAUCACCCGGCUGAUUCACUUAAACAAGAUUGAUUCCCGUGCUCCAAGUGAAAUGCUCUAUGGAAGAAUGGGCUACAUUAGUGCUCUUCUGUUUGUGAAUAAGAACUUUGGAGAGGAAAAGAUUCCUCAGAGCCAUAUUCAGCAGAUUUGUGAAACAGUCUUAACUUCUGGAGAAGACCUAGCUAGAAAGAGAAGGUUCACAGGAAAGACUCCACUGAUGUAUGAAUGGUACCAAGAAUAUUAUGUGGGGGCUGCUCAUGGCCUGGCAGGAAUUUAUUACUACCUGAUGCAGCCCAGCCUUCAAGUGAGCCAUGCGAAGCUACAUAAUUUGGUCAAGCCCAGUGUGGACUAUGUCUGCCGACUGAAAUUCCCUUCAGGCAACUACCCUCCUUGUGUGGACGACAGCCGUGAUCUGCUGGUCCACUGGUGCCAUGGUGCCCCCGGGGUAAUCUACAUGCUCAUCCAGGCCUAUAAGGUGUUCAAAGAGGAACGGUAUCUCAGUGAUGCCUGUCAGUGUGCCGACGUGAUCUGGCAGUACGGCUUGCUGAAGAAGGGGUAUGGGCUGUGCCACGGCACCGCGGGGAAUGCCUACGCCUUCCUGUCGCUCUACAACCUCACACAGGACGCGAAGUACCUGUACAGGGCCUGUAAGUUUGCUGAAUGGUGCUUAGAUUAUGGAGAACACGGAUGCCGAACACCGGACACCCCCUUCUCCCUCUUUGAAGGGAUGGCUGGAACAAUAUAUUUCUUGGCUGACCUCCUAGUGCCCACAAAAGCCAGGUUCCCUGCGUUUGAACUGUAAAAGGAAAGUGCCCCCUCUGCAGCUCACUGCAUGAACCUCUGUUACCAAACCUUGGCUAAAGCAACAAUAGAGUCAAGCUCUGUAUGUAAUUUAGUUGACUGUUUUUUUCAGAAUAUGUCUUUAGUUCAGUUCCUUUUUGUUACUGACUUUUGUUUUAAAACAUCCAAGGAAAUCUUAAGUAACUUCAGUUUCUCCUAAAGGGAGGGUAGGUGAUAUGUAUAAUAUUUUGAGGGCAUAUAUGUGUAUAUUUCAGAACUUAGGGGCAAUUGUAUUCUUACUUAAGCUUAUGAAUAUAAUCAUCUGUUACUGUUCUAAAAAUAUUUAAAAGAAACUAAAUGUAGACAAAGACAUGCUUCUUGUUUGAUAUUGCCCUCCACCUCUUCUCUUUAGUAUUUUAAUAACAGUUUUAUGACUUUGCUUUUCUCUAAGUGGUUGAUUAUGAAAGGGGACAAAAUUUGAAAAAGCUGUCAACUAAACACCAUUUUUCAAAUUCACAAUCUUUAUCUAAACUAGAGAUAAACAUAUUUUCAAAUUUGCCCCUUUUAGGAGAGCAUUCAGGCUAUAUAAUCAAAUGCCUUUAUCAAAAACUUCUAAAAUGGGAUGGUUGUUAUAGGAAAAUUCUGAUUGGAUGGUUAUUUCAAGAUAAGCUAACAAAAAGUUUGUUUUUUCCAGAUAAGCUAAUAUGUUUUAGAAUUAAUAUAAAUGUGUUUCUCCUUUGGAAUUAGUAAGAUCAGGAAAUGAGAUUUCUGUGUGUGAAUGUAUUACGACCCAGGAUUUGAGUCCACCCUUUCUGACUGACUUUCUCAACUUUAACUUGUGUUUUACUUAUCUUGCAAAGACUACGCUUUAUGAAGUGUUGCCUGCUUGGUACAAGCCAUAAGAUAUUUUCCUUCUUAUCUAUCUAGAUGUUGGUCUUUUCACUAAAUAGUAGAGCAUUCUACUUGUUUAAAGAGGGGGAGGGAUGCUGUAUGGCAGAAUCGCUAAGCUUUUGAUAGAAAUGCUGUUUAUUGAGACAGUAUUACCCAGUGAUCAUUCUUAGAACAAAUGGCUUUUGUCUCUUUGCAUACUCAUCAAUUUCUGAGCCCUCAGGAUUGGUUAUUUAUAUGGUAGGUGAAGAAUUCCUGGUGCUUUAAAUUCCAUACCAAUGUUAUGACUUAUGAGCUCCCAUUCCUCCUCCAUUGCUGAUUUUCCCAGGCUUUUUUCAUCUUUUCUAUGUAUAUUGACUGAUUUUGAAACAUUUCGCCGCUUUAAAAAACAGGGUCUAAGAAUUUUAAAUGUGCCUAUUUCACGGCUCUCUUGGUCACAGAAAUACGCUAUUUUUAACUGGAACUUUGAACCAAAUCCCACUGAGUGUAUGUUGGUUCCUGUGGGUAGAAAUCCCCUAUUAUUUUCCAGGUAGCACCAAAAUAGCUAAUAUUAUUGGAAACUGCCUCACCCUUUAAAGGCUAAUGACAGUGGGAUCUAAGACACAGCCCACUGGCUCAGUUCCCAGGAUUAGCUUUUUCUGUGACUUGUGUUAGUCAGGACAAGCUUGUGCUUCUCAGAUUUUGAAGUGCUGCUGGUAAGCUGUGUGCCAGCUUUGCCUUUCUCCUGAGUGUGAGCAUUUCAUAUCAACGGUGUCAGUAUUCACUGUAAAGCUAAUUUGCCUUUGGAUGGGUGUCCAACUUGAAAGAGUAGAGCCUGUAUGGUUUAGUUAAAUGUCUUACUAUACUCUACCUGCACUUUUAGCUACUAUAUUUACUAACCAAGGGAAAAAGAACAAAAAACACUUUCUACUAACCAGAGGACACUGAUCACAGUGCUUCAUCAAACAUCUUAAUUAGUUUAACUCCAGGAAGACAUCAAGGCAGGGAGUAGAACAUUUUGAAUAAGAUUCUUAUUUGUAUUUGGAUUGCAGCUUAGCUACUGCCAUCCAUUAGCAAAUUUAUCACUACUGACAUGAUUAAGUUAUCAGUGAUUAAACAGGCAAGAUUUUAUGCUUGUGCCAUUGUUUGUUUUAUUUAUGUUUACGAGCUCAGAAAGUUUGAUAGGAUUUUAAACUCAGGCAAAGGGUAUAAAACUCAGACUAAUAACCUAACGCCAUGGUAGAAACUGAAAUUUUAUACUAGUUUUCUUAGUUUUGAAAGGAAGAGGCAUCAUUUCACUUCUGUUUCUGUUAUAUCAUUUUUCCCUCAGAUAUUUUUCUCUUUGUUAAAAAAGCAAAACAAAAUGAAAAACUUCUCAAAAUUGCUUUCCAGAAAACUCAGUAGUAUCUUUUAUCUCUAUGUAAAAACUAGGUAGUAAAACCUUAAAACUGUGUCAGGCAGUGUUCAUUUAUCCUCUCGUGUGUUUCUGUGAAUGUCACAUCAAUUAUUUACAUCAAUCCUAUUGAUCUGUGGUCCCAUCAAGAAGUCAGUCUUUAAUCCUUACAGUCAUUUGACUCCCUUUUCAUCUUUGAUGUCAGUUCCAAUUAUUUGGCAUCAAAAGCCUUCACGGUAGGUAGAGUUUUAGGUAAAAGUGGCCACUUUCUCUCUUUUAUUAUAGCGUCCCUGCAUAACUUAAUUGAGAGAUAUGCUUUGCUCAUAUGUCCUCGAGUUAAUUUGUGUCUGAUUUUAUAAUGCCUUGCCUUCUCUUGACUGAGUUUGAAAUACAAAAUGAGAAGAGCGAACAUUUAUUCAUCUACUCCUUCAGCCACUUGAACUCAUUUGUAGUCCUUCUUUAUUCAUGCUGAAUUCUGUCUCCAGUGCUGCCCACCCUAAAUAGGCCAGAGCACCCCACUUCUGUGUUGUUAAGCUGUAGAAGAACUGUUUCUCUCCGACAGGUACAAAACAAAGCGUUUGGGAUAUUCAGGAAUCCUACGCCAAUGUUACAUUGCCAUUUAUUGGAAAGGGCUGGAAUUGUAUGUAUUUCUAUGUUCUAUAAAGGAUUUAACAUACUGAUUCUCAAUAAAAUUUUAUGACGAUCA